UGUUCGGAUCCGGCACUGAUGUUAAUGGAGCCCCCACGAGAGCGUCUGGCCCCUCUGAGAAAGGAGAGAGAAGCAGCCAAAGCUGAGGAGCAGCAGCAAAGCGAGGAGCUGCUGAAACAGACGGAAGCCGAGAGGCAGAUGAUCAUCUGGGAGUGGCAGGAGCUGCGAGGGUUUCUGGAGGAGCAGGAGCAGCGGCUGCUGUCCCGGCUGGAAGAGCUAGAGAGAGCCAUUGUCCAGAGAAGGGAUGAGGGCAUCUGCAGACUGUCCUGGGAGGUUUCCCUGCUCAGUGAGAGGGGAGGAGAGAAGGGACAGCAGCCACUGAGCCAACCCCUGCAGGGUGCCAGGAGCACUGGGAGCAGCAGGGCGGACGGGAUGUUUCAGAAGCCAGAUCCGGGGUUUGCAGAGCUGGAGAAGAGACUCAGCAAUUUCUCUCUGAAAAGCGCCAUGCUGCAGCAGAUGCUGCUGGAAUUCAAAGAGAUGCUGCGACUGGAGCUGGGGAGCGACACAGGUACGUGUCUGUCUUUGACGGGUCCUGGGGAGAUUUCAGACCAAUAACCAUUUUAGCAACAGGGGGGCGCUGCCUCCAGUCCCAAUGUGCACCUGGAAAUGGUGGAACAAUGUGAAGCCGGGUGAGCCCCAUGACUGAUUCACUCCUGCUGUGACAUCAGAUGGGGAGUGAAUCCUGAUCUCAGGGGGGUGUUUCCCUUUGGGAAAAGGAACAACCACAUCUGACAGGUGUGAUAUAGGUGAGACAAGAAUAACACAUCCAUACCCUGAACAGUCUGACCGCUUUAAUGAGUGACUGAACAUGGCCACAUGGGGGCAGCAGAGUCUCAAGAGUGAGGAGGGGGUGGAGCCUAGCUGUACCCUGAAUAAACCAGGAGUACUUGCGGCA